UAAGCAGAUAAAGAACUGCAAAGAAUCUUGAACUUGAUUUAACAGGUAGUUAUUGUGUUACUGGUAUAAUUUCUGUGUAGGAUGUAGGAUGUAGCAUAUGAAUAAAUACGACAGAUUUUGGGGAAUUUGUUUUUUAUGUGAGAGAAGCGAGAUAUAAAUAUAGACUAAAUGAAGAUGAGGAAGAACCCUGAAGUGCUAAAUUUGAAUUGAAGGUAUAAAUAUAAACUCACUUAAAAAAGAGAGAGAAAUAGAUACUCCAUGGUUCUGCACACUGAAACGGCCAAUCUGCAAUGAUGGACCACACAUCCCCAACCUACAUGCUUGCUAAUUUAGCACACCUACAUUCUGAACAACUUCUGCAGGGCUUAAACCUUCUUCGGCAACAUCACGAACUCUGUGAUAUCGUUCUUCGAGUAGGUGAUGUUAAAAUCCAUGCUCACAAAGUGGUACUUGCCAGCAUCAGUCCAUAUUUCAAAGCAAUGUUCACUGGGAACCUUUCUGAAAAAGAGAACAGUGAGGUUGAGUUUCAGUGCAUUGAUGAAACUGCUCUCCAGGCCAUUGUGGAGUAUGCCUAUACAGGAACUGUUUUUAUUUCUCAAGACACAGUUGAAUCUCUCCUCCCAGCAGCAAACCUACUCCAGAUAAAACUUGUCCUGAAAGAAUGCUGUGCAUUUCUUGAAAGCCAACUUGAUCCUGGUAAUUGUAUUGGAAUUUCUCGUUUUGCAGAGACUUACGGAUGUCAUGACCUUUAUUUGGCAGCCACUAAAUACAUAUGUCAGAAUUUUGAAGCAGUUUGCCAGACUGAAGAGUUUUUUGAGCUUACACAUGCUGAUUUGGAUGAAAUUGUUUCCAAUGACUGUUUGAAUGUAGCUACUGAAGAGACAGUUUUUUAUGCACUUGAGUCUUGGAUCAAGUAUGAUGUACAAGAACGCCAGAAAUACUUAGCGCAGCUACUUAACAGUGUGCGAUUACCAUUGCUGAGUGUUAAGUUUCUCACUAGACUGUAUGAAGCAAAUCAUCUUAUUCGUGAUGAUCGCACUUGUAAACAGCUUUUGAAUGAAGCCCUGAAGUACCAUUUUAUGCCUGAACAUAGACUCUCUCAUCAGACGGUCUUGAUGACACGACCUCGUUGUGCUCCUAAAGUACUGUGUGCUGUAGGAGGAAAAUCUGGACUGUUUGCCUGUUUGGAUAGUGUGGAGAUGUAUUUUCCUCAGAAUGACUCUUGGAUUGGUUUGGCACCCCUAAACAUUCCUCGCUAUGAAUUUGGAAUAGGUGUUUUAGACCAAAAAGUCUAUGUUGUAGGUGGUAUUGAAACUAAUGUGCGUCCUGGCGUCACUGUGAGAAAACAUGAAAAUUCAGUAGAAUGCUGGAAUCCUGAUACAAAUACCUGGACUUCUCUUGAAAGAAUGAAUGAGAUUCGAAGUACCCUUGGAGUCGCAGUACUUGCAGGAGAACUUUAUGCUUUAGGUGGAUAUGAUGGGCAGUCAUAUUUACAAUCUGUAGAGAAGUACAUUCCUAAAAUAAGAAAAUGGCAACCUGUGGCACCAAUGACUACAAAAAGAAGUUGUUUUGCUGCAGCUGUUUUGGAUGGAAUGAUAUAUGCAAUUGGUGGGUAUGGCCCUGCCCACAUGAACAGUGUGGAGCGUUAUGAUCCAAGUAAGGACUCCUGGGAGAUAGUUGCAUCUAUGGCAGAUAAAAGGAUUCACUUUGGUGUGGGUGUCAUGCUAGGCUUUAUUUUUGUGGUGGGUGGACAUAAUGGAGUCUCACAUUUGUCAAGCAUUGAAAGAUACGACCCUCAUCAAAACCAGUGGACUGUUUGUAGACCAAUGAAAGAACCCAGAACAGGAGUUGGUGCUGCCGUAAUAGAUAACUACCUUUAUGUAGUUGGUGGUCACUCAGGGUCAUCCUAUCUGAAUACCGUGCAGAAAUAUGACCCUAUCUCAGAUACGUGGCUGGAUUCAGCUGGCAUGAUAUACUGCCGCUGCAAUUUUGGAUUAACUGCACUUUGACAAGUAUGGACUUGUGGAAAUAGUAUGGUGAUGAACCUUGUGCCGCAUGAAAGGAUGCCGAAUUUCCUGAAACCCAAAAGCUGCAUUGCUUUCUUUUUAACUUGAAAUGGCAUGAAGACUCAAAUGUUUUGUUGGGCACUUUGAAUUGACAAGUAGCUUUGGUUGCUCUUGAAUAUAUAUAUAUAGUGAAUCAAUAAUCAAAAAAAAAGGGGGAGAAGUUCUUGCCAGUUGAAUUGUGCACUUUUUUUUUUUGUAGUACUGAGAAUAGUUUUAUGUUCACGUGAGUAUAUGUGGAGAGCACUUUGCUGCUUUGUUUCUUUGUUUAAUUUCAGCUCUCUCCCUUUUCUUGAUAUGCACCAUAAUUUACUAGAAUGAAAGAUGCUUUGCUGCUGAGUGUAUUGAAUGAAUGGACAGAGUGAUGAUACUGUCUGUUAGCUAUAAAUUCAUAUGCUUCACAUUUUAAACAACUAAAGGGCUGCUCCCCCCACCCUCCCCAGUACUUUGUAAGGGUUGUAAAUUACAUGCCACAUUGAAUCAUUUGAAUAUUCUUCCUGCUAAAUCGCGUUUGGGCUGGGGAUGUAUUAAGUUUGCAGGACAAAUACGCUUACUGUCAUAAUAUUUGAUGACCUAUUUUAAAGAUAAAGUCAAAUACUUAUUGUUUAUGCCUUUGUUGUACAGGCAGAUUAAGGCUGGAUGAAUUUAGUUAUCCAUCAUUGCUAUGCUAAGCAUGGAUAGACAGUUAAGCAUAAAAGUUUUGGUUAUUUGGUUUUUAAAUUUAUUUUUUGUCAUACUAUAGGCUUCCCAGUGUUGAUGUAAAUAUUUGACAAAUGUUGAUCAUCUGUAGUGCGUGUUGGUUUUUUAAAAUACAUCCUUUUAAUAAUUUUAGUUCUUUGCUUUUUCAAAGUGUUCAGAUAUAAAAAUGGUGCUAACUGUAGGAUCUCUAACAAGGCUAUAAUGAUGUUCCUUUUGAAUGUUCAGUAUGAGAAAUGCAUGAUAUGUCUUGGUAGUAUUUUUUAUUUAAAUGAGCUUGAUUCAUUUGUGUUUAUUUAAUAUGUUAGUGAUUUUAAAUAAAUAAAUAGAAUGUUAGUGAUUAUACUAAUGUUAACAUCCAAAAAUCACCUACAAGGCCUAGGUUAUGCUUUUCAUGAGUGAUUUAAAGAAAGAUUUUUAUCUUCUUUUGUCUUGUGCUAGAUAUUAUAUGUCCUUCUUAAUACAGGAAUAUAUGCAUUAAAUAUAAAGCAUUAGGCAGUUAUGCAUUACUUUAUACAUUUCUUAGGUAACAGUAUUUUAGAUAAUGAGGAAACUGGAACUCAAUGUUUACGUGAGUAAUGGUUCUAAAUUCAGUUCUAUUUUGACUAAUGACACGAUCUUUUAAAGCAAAAUUGUUAACUAUAGCCAAGUGACAGCUAAUUUAAAAGAAGUGGUUAACUCAUUUUUUUUUAGCAUGCUUUAGUAAAUGUCUGUGGGUCUUGAAUACAUAACCAUACCUGUGUUUUAUUAGGAUGGUACUUGUCUUUUUGGUACUGUAGUCAUUUUGUUUUCUUUUGAUUUUAUUUUUACCUGUUCACUAUCUCAUUAUAGUCUCUGCAAAACCAGUGUAUAUUUGUUUCCUAAGAAAACAUUCAUACUGCAUUCUUAAGUGCCACAAUGUUCUAAACUAUUGUUAAGAAGCCAUUUGUAAUUAUAAGAUGUAGGUUUAUUUGUUUGCAUAUGUUGUUUCUUGGAAACUUUAUAGCCGGGAAAUUUGCAGUUUUCCUUGUUCUUCCAUAAACUGCCAGUUGUAGAUUUAAAUAUAUACUAUAAAACUAUGUAAAAUUAUCUUUACUCAUAUAAGUAAUAUCAUGCUUUAUGAAUAUUUGCACAGAUUAUAAAACCUUGCAAGUGAAUUUUAGACUUUAGAUUAAGAACUCAACAGGAGCUACUGAUAAAAUUAAUAGACUGAAUAUUUUCUAUGUUGCUUGUUUGAAUAACAUGAUAUAUAGCAAUAACUUUUUAAUUAAUUUGAAUAUAUCCAUUGAAUAGAAACAAGGUGCACUAUUAUGAUUGGCCUAGACUUUAUUUUUAAAAAAGCAAUUUAGAAUAAAUUUCAUCAUUUAAUUUUAAAUUGUAGCUCAGUUUCUUUCUGUUUAUACCAAUAAGAUUGUUGAAUACAUCCUAACUCCCCAGAUUAUAAGGGAAUGUGAAAGACUUAGAGAAUUAUUUUAAUUGUAAACAGAUAAACAUUUUAUUUUGCAGUGUAUUACUCAUUUGUCAUCUUCACCAUGAAGAUAGUAUAAAAUGUAAAAUUGACAAAUUCGAUCAAAGGCAUAUAUUUAUCAUUGGUUUGGAAAAUUUUGGAAAAAUUUAGAAAAAAUUUAGAAAAAUCUAAAUUUCUUAUUGGUGAAAACUAAAUGUAAAACAUCUUGGACAGGAGCCUAUACCAGGAACAAAUUAUGAAAAUCCUUUAGAAGAAGAGAGAAAAAGCCCAAAUUUAGAAAUACUCAUUUUAGGUUUGCUAAAUGUACUAUACCAUUAAUAACUACCAGAAAUACUAAUGUGACCUGACAGCUAAUAACUAUAUAAUAUAGUCUUCUUGUAUAGAUUUAUGAGAAGUUUCAUCAUGAGUGCUCCACUGACAGAUUGUAAAUUUAGUCAACAUGUUUAUGUUUAGGAGGAUUAAAAUGUUUAAUUAUAAAUUCCCAGGGCUAAAGAUAUUAGAAAUAAUUUUAUAUACUCAGGCAAGAAGAAGAAAGUUGUUUAAUAUCACCCAAAACAUAUUUUGGAAAAAAGUGUGUAGGGGAAGUAGGUACAGAAAUUAAUCAGUUGGGAGAUGAUUGCCUUCUAUAAUUAUGUUAGGAAGAAUUAAUCUGUUAGGAAUGUUUGACUACUUAAUAUUUGUUGAAUAUAAAAUUGUAGGACUUUAAUGAUUUUUAAUGUUGCCCAAAGGAUAUUACAUAAAAGUUCCAUAUGUUACCAAUACGGUUUGAAUAUUAAAUUAUAGGAAGUGGUAUCAAGUGAUAGGAAAAUGGCAUUAGGUCUUGAAAAAUUAUUUUGAUAGCUUGACAAAUGUGGAGGAUCUACUGUUUGUAUGAUAUAUUGUGCUAGAUGCUGUCAGGACUAGAAAUGUAAAUAAGAUAGAAUCUUCUCACUCAAAGAAUAAAAUAUAGUGAGGGAAACCUGUGCCCAAGUAACUAUUAUGCUGAAGUGUGAAACUAAUUCCUUAUCUCUAAUAUUAUAAGAAAUGAUUAGAGGCCCAGUUUAUGUAUAAAUUUUUGUGUCCUUUAAUGUUCAGUUAGGUUUUAUUGACAUAAAAGUAAGAAUUAUAAAAAACCUAAUGUUUAUAGAACUCCAAACUUCCUGGGAUUGGAUAUUUUUUCUAGUGGAAAACAACAUUAUAGAAACUUUAAAAAAUAUUUACUAUAUUUAUCAAGACUGGCUAACAUUGAAGGAAAUAUAUGUAUAUAUAAUGCUAUGUUUGUUUUCAGUUUUGGUGUUGGAUUUCUGGUAUUGUCACCUAAGUGCUCAUUUUCAGGAAAAUCAGAUUCUACAAUAAAUAUACAGCUUAAAGUUCAAUAAACUUGUGAUAACCUCUAUAACCUCUGUAGUCAAAGUUAAGAAAUUAUAAGAUGUCACAUGUCAAGUUAACAUCCAGUUCUACUUUUUUUUGUUUGUAAAAUAGCACUUUAAUUAGACCUGAUUUAAUUAGAUAUGAUUAUUCUAUGGCUGGAUAUAUAUAUAAUGGAUUUUCAUUUAUAGUAUAUUGAUUCAGUGUUGAUACACAUUUAUAAAGAGUGAGGAAUACAGGUUUUAAAAACUACAGGUUUACAAGUUGUCUUACUGGUGUGAAUAUGGAGUCAAAUAAAAAUCCAGUUUACAUCUCUGCAGAGAGAAAAGUUGUUAUCCAUAUGUCUUUUAUAUUAUACUUAGGGAUAAUUUAUUGUUAAUUUUGUAAAGUUAUGUGUAAGUCCCAUUUAUUUUAAAAUACUAAGCAAAAAGUUCCAAGUUUGCCUUAAAAUACAAGUGAAAUUAAAGAACUGGAUGAUAAUGCCUAUAUUUUUGCCUUAUGAAUUGUGCUGUAUCAUAAACCAGAGAUGGUUUUGACUUUAACAGGAUUCUGAAAUUUUGUAGAUGUAGAGUACUAAUAAUUUGUACUCUCUUGCAAAGAAUGUGAUCUAGUUAUGGAUUGUGUUAAUGUUUAACUGUUUUUGUAUAUGUAUUUUACCUCUGAGUAUAUCUUUUUAGCAUCAGGGUUUUAUUUUUGUUUACAUAGUAAAGUGGCAUUUAACUUGAUGAAGGUUGUAUUGUCUUUUAUUUUAGAAGUUCUUUAUGUGUACUAUUGUGAUAAUGCUCUGUAAUGACUAUGGUUAAAUUUCGUUUAAUGUGAAGUAUUUAAAAUAAAUCUAAAAACCGUGAUUUGUAUGUUUCCAUUAUUGUGAACUUUGUCAUGCUCAACUCUUAGGUUUUUUUUUAGUUAAUAGGUAGUGACCAUAAGAGUUGAGAUGGGUGUGGGUUAGCUAGUCCUUUACAUCCUCAUUACCAGCUUAUAGGCUAAAUUCUGCCACUUAUUCAGAUGCUUACUAAAGAGAUACUCAUUAGCAAAGUAGGCACAGAAGAGUUCAGUCAGUAAGUUCAAUGCAGUCCAAGCCUUUUGUUCUUUUAGAUUCUUACCAGCCUUACCAGAAUUAUAAGAAAGGUUUACUUGAAGCAGGCAAUGCAAAAUUCUUUAGGAUUCUGUUACUUUCAUGUUGGUGAACCCUAUUUCUCAAUAAAUAUCCCUGACAUUUUAUAUA